GACAUUGCGUUACUUUUUAGAAGCAUGGCAAAUAGUCUUGUUGUUCUGCACAUUACUCGCUUACCCAAAUAUUUUGGACCAUCUGAAUUGCGUAAAUACAUUGAGCAAUUUGGAAAAGUUCAUGAGCUGUAUAUACCAAAGUCUAAAAAGACUGGUAAGUGGAAGGACAGUGCUUUCGUUCGAAUAUCUAAUGAAGCUGCUCCCCUCGUAGCCUCGACAUUGAACAACUUGCUGCAAUUCAAUAAAAUAAUAAAAUGUGAAGUUUUAUCAGACAACAAGCGACUGUUUCGAACAAGCAGAUACCUACGAAGUUCAACUCGUGCAUCACAUGAAGAAAAUCAAACCAUAGCAACAAUAAAGCGUGUUACAGCCCUAAACGCCCGCAAAGGAAUGGAUUUUACUAAUAGUUCAGUAAGAAAAUUAUUACCCCAAGCUGUCCGAAGGCGUAAACAUAACUUCCAGAAACGACUUGCAGCAAUUAAAAAGACCAACUUGGAUUUCAGAUUUCACGAAGCCGACCGCUAACAUAUCACAAAAAUUCUAAAUCCAGUAAAAACACUCAUUUUUCCAAAUGAUGUUUACUGUGUAAUGUUGACACUAAUUACUAUAAAAAGGCACUUUAAACCAUUUUUAUUGAAUUCAUAAAGAAAGUAGAAGUACAGAAAAAAAUUAAGAAAUUAUAGUGCACAGCCAAAUUCUUGACAAAUUGCAUAGAUUUUCCACCUUGAAGAAUGAGCACUCUAAUAUGUGUAGCAAACGCGAUAAUAGAGGGUUUUCGACCUCCAUAAGGAAAAAGAGUUAUCGAAUUUGAAAACAUAUGUUCCCGCACCUGGAUACAAAUGAGAUCCACAGCACACUUCCUUUUGAGAGUUUUGUCGUGAAACGGGUAUGAUCUCAUCAACUAGGAUAUUAGAAUUUUCUGGGUUCUCUGUCUUGGUUACUACUGAGUGACUAUCUGAAAAAAUUAAAACAUAAUAAAUUCUUCUUGUUUCUAAAUCAUUUUGCUGUUCAAGCGGAAUCCCAUGACUAAACAAUUGAAAGAUACUGAAGGGUUUUGGAAUAAUUCUCAAGUCAAAUUAACAAUAAGCAUUUUUACCAUCAACGUUAAAUUCAUAAUUAUGUUUUAUGUAUCCGACAAAAAGUGAAGCAGUUCAGUGCGUCAACCACUUCACUUAUCUUGAAAAACUCAUCGACCCUGGAGGAUUGGUAUCCGAUGAAAUUUCAGAAUGGAUUUAGAUAGCUCAGCUGUUACAAAUUCACAUCACUUUUGGAGUAGGUGAGAGCGAGUUCACUGUUUAGCACUUCACUUUGUUCGGCUCUAUGGAUAUUAAUUAUAGUCAUUAAGAAAGAAGGAUAUCUGUAGGUUACAAGUUUGAAGCAUUACUUGUAUACGUUGGGAUUGCUGAGUAAGCAACACUUGAGUUAGACACAAAGUACUAGGUAAGGAUGGCAAAUCGACUGGUGAAAUAGUGGAUCUUGGUCCAUUGUGGAUGCGUACAUGUGACAACUUGAAUCAAUGCACAUAUAUGCCAGGUGAUAUUUAAAUUAAUAUUGAAUUAGCGAAUAUUGAUUUUGUCUUUUAAUGGUAGUUUUGAGAAGGCCGAGAGAUAAUAAUUAAAAUUCAGUCAAUCGACAGGUUUAUAGAUAAUGUUACCCCCUUUCAAUACUUACCUUCGGCAUUGACUGAUGCAAUGUGAUUGUUUUGUUUCGCUUCAGGAUCAGAAAGAGGUUCCGCCCAUUCAAAAAACAAACCGAAUCCAAUGUCGUAGUCAUCUGUAGCGAACUCCCAAACUAUACUCGUGCCCGAUGGGUGUGUUUGAACACGGACCUGGAUUAAUGUUUUUUUCAAAAAUGCAAACGCUUAGAGUAUCUGUAAGAUAGACUAUUACACAAAUUUAGCAUAAAACCUCGAAGCAUAUGCUUCACAAUGGGCUUACUUCAUCAACGUAGUCUGACAGAUGUGGUCUGGCCAGAUUAGCGUGGCGAUAUGAAAUUAACACGCAUGAUAAAAUAGAUCGGAAUAAUGCAGUAACGGUGAUCAUAAAAAAGAUUGAGGAUAUGAAAACACAAAGUAAAAAUGUAUAUGCGAAGGAAUACUGGAAUCUAAAAUACAGGUAAAGAUGAAGAGUGAGUGCAUCUGCUUCAUUGUGAAUGUUUAGCAAUUUCACCCAAUCCUCAGCCACUGAUCGCGAUUAUCGCUCAGACCCCAACCAGGUAAUCUGCACCCAUCAACAUGAUGAGCAGUCAAUGACUCCAUUUUAAUGCUAAUCGCUGCCAAGCACACUAUGCAUCCCCAAACUCUGUGAAGAAUACACCACUUCAACUAAACGAGAUAAUCAAAAUUUAACAAAAACGUGAAAGCUAAAGGGAAUCGAAGGAUAUUUAAAUAAACGAAGAAGUGAAUUUUGAAGGCAAACAGAAUAAGUAGGCACAAACUAGGGUCUACUUACUAUAUUUGAUAGAAAUCAACUAUCUCGAAAUUCCUAAGCCCAGUUCUCAUACUUUCGUGGUAGUCUAUUCAACUGUACACAGAAUGUUCCCAUCUCCAAGUUAAGAAAUGAGGGGGAUUCUCAGUUCACUUUGGGGGGUUAUACAAACAAGACAUGUGAAUGUGAAGCAAUUCAUGAGUACAUCCCAAAUAUGCAUCUCGAAAGGGUUUAUAAUCUGCUGCAAAUCCAGUUCAACAACGACUACGAACAAACCAAUUUACUUGUAUCCAUCGUUAAGUUAGUGUUGGAAGUCAAUAAUUUUGCUGUUUGAAGACUGAGUGCAGUGGUUAUGACGGUACGAUUGUUAGUACAGACUGUUUUAUUAGCUUCGUAAUCCAGACUUAUUCAGUAAGCCAUUUUCUAAAACGCCAAGAUAGUGCCUUCAUAAUCUCCAAACGUAUCUUUAAUCAGACAGCUUGGCCAAAAGUAUAUAUGUAAAAUAUGACUGAGUGGUCAGUGAUUUUGUUCCAGUGUACUUUUUUUUCAGUAGAUUGGUGCGCAGAUAAAUUUAUCAACAAGGAAUUUCUAGGAUAAUACUUCAAAGUUAUUUCACCUGGAGAACUACUGAAGAGAACUAGACGACAGCAUACUACUGUUUUACCCCUGUUGAGAACCCGAUAUUUCAAUUGUAACUGCCCAUAGUAAAGAUGUAAUCUAAUAAGAUUAGAUGCAAACUACCUGGCUUGGAUCCUCAUGAUUAUUGCGGCCAAUGGUUAGAAACAUUGAGUGACAUGGCUUAGACUUUGUCGCAAUGUCGCAUAUACACGUUCAUUCUCUAUCUUCUCUUAAACUGAGUUUCUAAAUUACCAUAUAAUCCUUAUUCCGUGAGUUCAUCCUUUGUCGAAUCAUACUGUUUAUACCUAAUCUCUACUACUACCACUGACAGAGUCACUACUCUGGUGAUGUCUUGAUAAUUCCACCCCGCUGUGUUGAUAUAGUGUUACAAUUAAAAAGAAAUUAAGUUUAACACGUUCUACCUUGUGUAUGAUUGAAUCACAGAGAUACACAACAUAUCUUAAACAUUCCCAAUGUUUGCAAUAUUAUUACAGCUUACUGAAUAAACUUCACCGCUGUUUAUUCGAAUAACAGACUCUUCAUCUUCAGUUAAACACUGUUUAAAUUCUUUAACUUCUCCACGAGUCCAUAAUGUAGGGGCAUGUACCACCAAAGAUGCAUUUAGGUAAGGAUCAGUGUCAAGACAUUUCUUAUCUGAAUCAAGAUAUACAUAUUGAAAAAAGUUUGUUUAGUAGAUCUAAUAAACAAAACAUAAGAUAUAAAAAUAAAAUGAAUCAUCUCAAAUGGAAUGAAGUCGACAAUAUGAACAUAAAACCAACCAUAUUGUUUGAAAAAUAAUUUUUAUUCGCUUAGACGACAUACAAGCACAGUGUAAUAAACGAUUCAGAAUAACCACUAACUGAUUAUUUAAUUUGAGGAACUAAUGGGACGAAAUACGUUUUUGAGGUAAACAUUGCCUACUCACUCAAAACGGACAUUACACCUAAAUUGUCAAUCGCCGCCGCUACAAAACUAUGGAUGGAAACUCGUCACAAUAUGGAUCGCACUUUUUCAGUUAGGAGCUUUACAAAAAACAUCCCCAAGUAAAAAAUAAACUAUACUCAGAUAAAAAAAAACACCUUAGUGGUUCAUGAUAAUUAAACAAUUGUCUAAUUAAUUGUAACCUUAAUUUGUCUCAAGUCUGUUCAGGGCUAUCGAAUUUAAUCCGUAUAUUUUGAUCAGUCUGAUCAAGUGCAGUCCUAACCAUCAAUGGGAAGAUUUAAACAACAAAUACAAAUGAAUCCAAACUUAUCAAUCCCAGAUCAAACAACCGCAGCUGAGUUUAAAAACCAGCACGAAUUCAAUAUCAAGGUUAAGACUUUCAAUCUUUAACCGCAUACGUGUUUUAUACACACCCAAAAUAAAGAUCUAAUCUGCCUCAUUGAGUGUGAUACCAGAACAUGAGGAAUCCUAUUAAGUCAUAUAAUAUGAUAACAGGCAAUGAUGAUCAUUUGAAAUAAAACUCUGUUCAGGUCAGAAACCGAUGUAUCUCCUUUAUAUCAGUUAUUAUUCACUGAUUCUGACCAAAAGAGGAAGUGGGACUUGAAGAAUUGUGUACUUAAAUUACUUGAAGUGUGAUAUAAACAGUUAAUUUGUUUGUCUUAAAUAUAUCCCUAUGUAACAAUUUUUUCCAACCACCUCAACUAUAUUUUAAUGCUUGAAAUAUCAUUUCAUGACCAAUGAUAAUAAUCUUAACUGAAUACUGACAAGACUUAUGGUUCACGAGUAUGCAAUAUUUCUUCUUUUUGAGAAAAAACCUGUUUGCAAGAUAGAUUUCACUAGUUAACCAAGCAGCACAUCAAGACGUCUAAUGUAGAUAUACACAAGCGAAUGAGUUUAUAACUGAAUGUUCUUUUAUUUAAACUAUACUUUGCAACAUGAUUCAGAACUGGUCUCAAUGACCCAGAUGAAUUCAUUCUUCUAAAUCUGAGGUUCUCGUACUUAUACUUCAUAUUCUUCAACUUUACUUGUUAUUUCUAAUUUGACGUAUAUUCUGCACGUUUAGUUCCUUUCGUUAGUACUACCAUAAUGCUAACUUCUUUGUUCUAUAUUUUAUUAAAUUACUAUCUUGGAACGUCGGCGUAAUAUGUACUAAGUUCUAUACGUUGACUAACAUAACUGUAUUCCUGCUCAAAGUACAUAUUUUGCAUUUAAUCUACUUUUGUAUUGUUUGUUUGGAUCUUCCCAUUGAUAUUUAGGACUGCAAUUGAUCAGUCUUUUAUUGACAUAUGUGCAUCCUAGGCGGAUUGCCUGGAUAUUCAUCUCUACUCAUAUUUCGUAUUGCCCUCGGGGUGUGCAUCCUUUUAGAUUUAACUUAAAACAAAUAUCACUGGAUGUAUUUGACUUUUGAGGCGUAUAUAGCACCUCUCGUAUAGUUAAGUUUGUUUAAGGUUAAUUAACCUCUCAAUUAGCUUAUUUAACAGUGUUUUCCGAUCGGUAACAAUUUGUCUACGUCUGUAUUAUCAUGUCUGUAUAAACAUGUAUGCUUGAUCACAUAUGAAAGAGUACACACAUAUCUCUCUCUAGCUUGAAUAUCGCUCGACGAAUCAUUCGCUUUCUUAUAUUUAUGCGCUUGAAUCUCAUUAAAUGAUUCGACUCUGUAUUUGCUUGCUCGCGCGCGCUAGCUUUUCCGCUCAAAUUCGCUUGGUGUACACUUGUAGCUUUGGGACCUGUGUUAUUUGGUAAUAAACUGUAAUCGGUACUUCACGUUGCCUUUCGAAUUAAUACAUCGUCGGUAUAUGUUUAAUAACGGUUAUCAGGAUGAUUGAUAUACGAAGCCUAAGGAAUUAUCUUGAAGCCAAGCCACUACAUGUAUAAAUGUUACUUUAACGCAGGCUUAAUAUCUUCCAAAUACUUUUAGAGCAAUACAUACAAUAGAAGUUAAAAACGUGAACAAUACGAAAAAAAAUUAAUAGCCAAUAAGAGACAUAAGUCAGUGGAAUAAGAUUGUGUUUGUAGCAUGGCUACAAGGCUAGCUGAUCUGUAAUUAUAAAUUUACUCGCGAUGAAAUUUAUCACCAUAUUC